AUGAGGGCUAUCCAAGUGAAAGAAUAUGUCAAGGGCCCCCUAGACCUCCAAGUCAGCACACUCCCCACGCCAACGGCCUCGCCAACCAACUACCUGAUCGAGAUCCACUCCGCCGGCACCAACUUCUUCGACCUUCUCCAAAUCCGCGGCAAGUACCAACACCAGCCGCCGCUGCCGUGGGUCGGCGGCGCCGAAUUCGCCGGGACCGUGCUGGCCACGCCGACGGCGUCGACAUCGCCGCGCUUCAAGGUCGGCGACCGCGUCUUCGGCGCCACGCAGGGCGCCUACGCCACGCACGUACUGGCCCCCGAGGCCACGCUGCUGCCCGUGCCGAGCGGAUGGAGCUACGAGGACGCCGCGGGGCUGUUCGUGACCGCGCCCACCUCGUACGGCGGCCUGGUGCAUCGUGCGAACGUCCGCGCCGGGGACUGGAUCCUGGUGCAUGCGGCCGCCGGCGGCGUCGGGCUGGCCGCCGUGCAGAUCGCCAAGGCGAAAGGCGCGACGGUGAUUGCGACGGCGGGCACCCCGCGUAAGCGUGAGGUGGCGCGCGAGUUCGGCGCUGACUACGUCGUCGAUUAUAAGGAUAAGGCGUGGCCCGAGGAAGUGAAGGCGCUGUGUGCGAAGCAUCGGCAGGGGAACGGCAAGGCUGGCGUGGACAUCGUGUAUGACCCCGUGGGCAUGAUCGAGGCUAGUCUGAAGUGCGUGGCGUGGAAUGCGCGCCUCUUGGUGAUCGGGUUCGCGGCUGGUCAGAUUGAAAAGGUGGCGCUGAACCGCGUGCUACUGAAGAACGUGAGCAUCGUGGGCUUGCAUUGGGGUCAGUAUGCCAAGUUCGAGAAGGAGACGGUGGGACCCGUAUGGCAGGGCAUCUUCGAUCUGGUGGCCAAGGGCCAGUUCCGGGGCACGGCGUUCAAGGACGAGAGCUUCGUCGGGCUGGAGAGCGUGCCUCGGGCGUUGCAGGCCCUCGGAGGUCGAGAGACAUGGGGCAAGGUAGUGGUGAAGAUUAUCGACGAUGAGGUGAAGAGCAAAUUAUGA